AGUCAUCAUGUUGGCAACUUCCUUUCAAACGAUUCCACAAAACUAAAAAACCCCUCACAGAUGUCCUGGCGUCCGCAAUACCGCAGCUCCAAGUUCCGGAACGUCUACGGGAAGGUGGCCAACCGGGAGCACUGCUUUGACGGGAUCCCCAUCACCAAGAAUGUGCAUGAUAACCAUUUUUGCGCCGUCAACGCCCGCUUCCUGGCCAUUGUCACUGAGAGCGCGGGAGGUGGCUCCUUCCUCGUCAUCCCCCUGGAACAGACGGGCAGGAUUGAGCCCAACUACCCCAAGGUCUGUGGUCACCAGGGCAACGUGCUGGACAUCAAGUGGAACCCCUUCAUCGACAACAUCAUUGCCUCGUGCUCAGAGGACACGUCGGUGCGGAUCUGGGAGAUCCCCGAGGGCGGGCUGAAGCGGAACAUGACGGAGGCUCUUCUGGAGCUGCAUGGGCACAGCCGGCGCGUGGGGCUGGUCGAGUGGCACCCUACCACCAACAACAUCCUGUUCAGUGCUGGCUAUGACUACAAGGUCCUCAUCUGGAACCUGGACGUGGGCGAACCGGUGAAGAUGAUAGACUGCCACUCGGACGUGAUCCUCUGCAUGUCCCUCAACACCGACGGCAGCCUGCUUACCACCACGUGCAAGGACAAGAAACUGCGUGUGAUCGAGCCCCGCUCCGGCCGCGUUCUGCAGGAGGCGAACUGCAAAAACCACAGAGUGAACCGGGUGGUCUUCCUGGGAAAUAUGAAACGGCUUCUCACGACGGGGGUCUCCAGGUGGAACACGAGACAGAUCGCCCUCUGGGACCAGGAGGACCUGUCCAUGCCCCUGAUCGAGGAGGAAAUCGAUGGGCUCUCCGGCCUCCUGUUCCCCUUCUACGACGCUGACACACACAUGCUCUACCUGGCUGGAAAGGGAGAUGGAAACAUCAGAUACUACGAGAUCAGCACCGAGAAGCCCUACCUGAGUUACCUCAUGGAGUUCCGCUCCCCAGCCCCGCAGAAAGGCCUCGGGGUUAUGCCCAAGCACGGGCUGGAUGUGUCUGCCUGCGAGGUGUUCCGAUUCUACAAGCUGGUGACUCUCAAGGGCCUGAUUGAGCCUAUCUCCAUGAUCGUGCCCCGGAGGUCGGAUUCCUACCAGGAAGACAUUUACCCCAUGACGCCGGGCACAGAGCCAGCUCUGACCCCCGAUGAGUGGCUGGGAGGCAUCAACCGAGAUCCUGUGCUGAUGUCUUUGAAAGAAGGCUAUAAGAAGUCCCCCAAAAUGGUAUUCAAGGCUCCCAUCAAAGAAAAGAAGAGCGUUGUGGUCAACGGAAUAGAUUUAUUAGAAAAUGUCCCACCCAGGACAGAGAAUGAGCUCCUCCGGAUGUUCUUCCGGCAGCAGGAUGAGAUUCGGAGGUUGAAAGAGGAGCUGGCCCAGAAGGACAUCCGCAUUCGGCAGCUACAGCUGGAACUGAAAAACUUGCGCAACAGCCCCAAGAACUGUUAGCUCCCCGGCUGAGCUGCUUUCUAAGCCGAUCUCUCCGUUGUUUCUACUCGUCCGUUAACUUCCCAUUCUCCGGUGACCCCAGAGACAGAGCCAGGACUGGAGCUGGGGGAGUGUCUGAGGACCCC